UAAAAUGUUGUUUGAUACUUCCAUUUCUCUUGAGCUUUCCCUGAAGAAAGCCACCUGAGAGCACCACUCCUGCAUAUAGGCCCUUCUCCAGUAUUUGAAUUCCCCUUGUUUUUAGUAUGUUCAAUUAAUCUGUAAAAGAUUCAAACAUCAAUGGGAAAUUGGCAUGUGAGGGAGUAGGGGGACAAAACUGCUAAGUACAUCUGUGUGAAUAUAGUAAAUUGACAGUUGACAUCUUUAUAAAUCAAGUUUAAAAAUAAUACCUUAGGAAGUUUUGUGGUUUCUGCUUUGUGUGUGUCUUUCUGCAUGAUUUAAUAGUUUUAAUUUCUAGACUAUUUUUUUAUAGCACGGUCAUGUAUUUUAAAGCCAUGUUGUAAAUUUUAUGGGUUUUAUCCAAAUGUAUUUAAUUAUAGUUGUAACUUGUGGGAGAAAGCUGCACGUAGGAAAUGGUUUUAUAGCUGCAGAAUAAAAGGGUCAUGGAGUCACUUUCAGGGUGGUACUGCACAUUGCAUUAGCUGACUGAAUUUACAGAGAAGUAGUUGCCCCACAGCAUACUAAACUAAACUGUGAGAAACACUGGAAAUGUGAGCAUUAACUUUUAUGGUGUUUGCUUAUCUUGCAAGUUUCUCCAAGGUUUUACAAAUGAGGUUGCCCUUUCAGUUCAAUAGCCAUGUGUUGGCCUGAUGCUCUAGAAAACUUUGAGCCAAAUUAUUUUAUCUUUUUCCUUUUUUUUUUCCCCUCUGGCUGAACUGUGAUUGACCCACAAUAAAUACUGUUUCUGCUUUGCAGUACUGAGAAGAGAGAUUAAAUCCAAUCCUGAGAAGAUGUAACAUGCAUUUUUACAUUAUUAAAACUCAAACAAAAAAGAUUCAGAGGUGUGAAGAAACUGUCCUAUGCUGCUGAAUUUUGUCUUGCUAUACAGUGACUCUUUUUAUUACAUGAUAACGUCAUCUUGGUUGUGUGGAUCUACAGCAGUCUUCAUAAGCAUAUUCUGCUGUAUUGAGUUGGUUUAGAAGGGUGUGGGUGCAGUUAAUGCUUUUCAGUAAUCCAUUUAAAAAACAGCCUCUCAAAAAAUCACAAACUAAUGUUGGAAGCAGCUGUGCUUUCAGACAGCAGAUAUUUCUGAAAUCUCAGUCUUACUGGUUUUAAUAAUUUAUAUAUGGAUAAUAAUUAAAACCGGUAAAUAAAUUAUAAUAAAUAUAAAGAAAUAAAUGAUGAAACAAGAAAAUAAAGCUCACAAGUAUGAGCUGAUCUUAAUAAAGUUCUUUUUUGGUCUCUGGCCAAAGUCUUCAAGCGGAUAAACUGACAGGCUGUAGGCUUGCUUUAAAAAGCUCCUGAACUGUCUAUUUUAAAAUUGUCAAAUGAGGGGUUGCCACAGACAGGGAGAUGAACCUCUGAUUGUUGUGCUUGGUGAUGGGAGAUCUUGAGCAAAUUUGAAAUUGAUGUAAGAUUUCAAGAUAAUUUUAUAUUUAUGUAGGAAGAGGGAAAAUGAGACUUCAGUUCUCUUCCAUUUUAUAUUUUUUGGUCAUCUAGGACUACUGUGGUAUUUUACAUGGAAGGUGAUUGACCAGUCUUGACAAGGGAACAGCAGAAUUAUUACUUUAUUAAACUGUUCUAAUAGGUUAUCUCAGUUAGUCAUGGCAGCUUCAUUUCUGGCUUAAAUGAGACCCUGCUGAACAGAAAACACAAAUUUUGUCAUGAUCAACAAAGUAAAUGUCUGAUAGAUCCAAUUUCUAAUUAUCGGACUUCUAAAGGGGAAGAGAUAAAAGCAAACAAUACUAUAAAACGUUUAGGUUUUAAGUUUUUUUUUUUGACAAUCAAAAUGCUAAGAAUGAUGGGUUUGAAAUCCUGCCUUUAGAAUCCAUUGCUUUAAAUAAAUGUAGUAGCCUGAAGAAAAAUUCUGUUUAGAUGAAGCUGCUGUCCUUUAGAGUAAAAGGGAAAUGUCUCAUUUCAGUGAAUGAGCCUGUCAUGCACUAUUACAUGGAAGAGGAGGAAUGGUAUAGACAAAUAGGUAAUUGACAAAGUGCGUGCUGAAGGUGACAUGCUAUGUCUGCAGGGAAAAGACUAUUUUUAAUGCUACGUUUUACAUGUAAUGUGUAAACUGGAAAUUAACGUUCUUAGGGUGAUAGUACAGGGAGGAAAUUCAGACUGAGACAUUAAUUUACCUAUCUCCUUUGAAAGAGCACUGUCUGUUAAAGUUUGGCAUUCUCUUUGUUUUAUUUGUAGAUGAUGGCUGAGCUGAGAAGUUUGUGAAGCUUACAUGAAAUAUACUAUAGAUACUUCUGAUCAGUAGUAGCCAAGAUGAAAUAAGCAUGUUCUUAAAUAGCAAUCGAUCCGGAGUCCAGUCUACAGAAGUGAGCUGAUGUCGAAUUUAAGUGUCUCGGUGGCUUGAUGGCUCUCAUUUACUCUGUAUUUAGAGCAAAGCCAUCUUUCUACCAAAGCAAUAAAGGGACAGCGCACAAUCUGACUAUAGAAUGCUAUUUCCAAAGAAGUGAACUGUGAAGAAAGGACUCAUGAAUUUUGAUCACAGGGGCUUGGAGAGCAUCUCUGAUGUCUGCUCCAGUGAGGAUCUUCCUGAGGUAGAGUUGGUGAGCAUGCUAGAAGAACAGUUGCCAGAUUACAAGUUGCGAGUGGACUCUCUCUAUCUGUAUGAAAAUCAAGACUGGAUUCAGUCCCCUGCCUGCUGCAGCCAUCUUCCUGAAAUCUCUUCUCCAGUUCGUGAUGAGGAGCCCUUCCAUUACAUGACUCUUAUUGAACUUCCUUCCUCCUCCUUGGCUGGAUCUCACAAAUUUACACAAGAUAAUGUGGAGCAGAAAGCCUACAGUGAUGCUGACAUGGUGAAACAUCUGUUAGCUGAGAAAGAUCGGGACCUGGAACUGGCAGCUCGAAUUGGACAAGCCCUCCUUAAGCGAAAUCACCUGCUGACGGAACAGAAUGAAGCACUAGAAGAACAGUUAGGGCAAACUCUAGAUCGAGUUAACCAGCUGCAGCAUGAACUGUCAAAGAAGGAUGACCUGCUUCGUAUUGUUUCUAUUGCUUCUGAGGAGAGUGAAACAGAUUCCAGCUGUUCCACACCACUUCGUUUCAAUGAGUCUUUCAAUGUACCAAAUGAUCUGCUGCAGCUGGAUGUCUUGCAAGAUAAACUCAGAGAGCUGGAAGAGGAGAACCUUGCUCUCCGAUCAAAGGCUUGUCAUCUGAAGACAGAAACCAUUACAUAUGAAGAGAAGGAACAGCAGCUGGUCAACGACUGUGUUAAAGAGCUGCGGCAAACAAAUGCUCAAAUCUGUAGAAUAACAGAGGAAUUAUCAGAGAAGAGUGAGGAGUUGGUUCGCUACCAGGAAGAGAUCUCAUCCCUCUUGUCUCAGAUUGUUGAUCUCCAACAUAAACUCAAAGAACAUGUGAUUGAAAAGGAGGAGCUGAAACUUCACUUACAAGCUUCCAAAGAUGCUCAGAGACAACUCACAGCAGAGCUACAUGAGUUGCAAGAUCGGAAUGCAGAGUGUUUAGGGAUGUUGCACGAAUCACAAGAAGAAGUGAAGUUGCUACGUAGCAGAGCCAGAUCUGUUGCUUGUCUCUGCCACCCCCAGUCAUGUGGAGCAUUUCUUGUGGAUUCUCUUGCAGCAGAAAUCGAAGGGACAAUGCGGAAGGAAUUGAGUCAGGGUGAUGAAUCUAUUCUCUCCAAGCAAAAGGAUCAACAGAAACGAGUAUUUGACACCGUCAGGGUUGCUAAUGUCACUCGUGGCCGUUCCUCUUCCUUUCCUGCCCCACUGCCAAUCCCUGGAUCUAAUAGGUCAAGUGCUGUUAUGACAGCAAAGCCCUUUCAGUCUCGCAUACACCAGUUGGAGAGCCAUGCACGAAUGACCCAGAGGAGCAGCUCUGAGAAGAAUUUGAAAGACACUCGUAAUCCUGGCCAGCCGGGAAUCCCUGGAGACAAUGACUUAGUCACAGCUCUGCACAGGCUCUCCCUCCGUCGUCAGAACUACCUGAGUGAGAAGCAGUUCUUUGAGGAGGAAUGGGAGCGAAAAAUGCAUUUGCUGGCUGACCAGAAAGAAGGGGCUAGUGGUUGUAGCACACCCACAGAAAGCUGUUUUUCCUUGGGCACAAACUCAGAAGUCACUGAUCUCUCUGCCAGCUCCAAUAACCUCCGUGUUCUCCUACCAGAAAAAUUGCAAAUUGUCAAACCCAUUGAAGGAUCUCAGACCCUUUUUCAUUGGCAACAGCUUGCUCGACCCAACCUAGGCUCCAUUCUUGACCCAAGACCAGGUGUUGUUACAAAAGGUUUUACCCCUUUGUCUGAUGAUGCUGUGCACCACAUCUCUGACUUGGAGGAAGAUGAUGAGGAAGGAGGAGGUAUAACAUUUCAAGUGCAGCAGUCUGUCCCCCAGGAAAAGAAAUGUACAGCAGCAAAGCCAGUGGCAGGGAUUUUCCUUCCACCUAUUACUUCAGCAGCAAUACCACUCACUGCCUCGAAUCCAGGGAAGUGUUUGUCUUCCACAAAUUCUACGUUUACCUUUACUACCUGCAGGAUCCUUCACCCAUCUGAUGUCACUCAAGUUACUCCCAGCUCUGUGGGUUCCCCAUUUUCACUUGGAAGCAGUGGCAGCAGUAUUGGAAACCCUGUAGUGAGCACUCCAACCAUGUCUUACAGGCUUAGUAUUGGAGAAUUUCUCACUAACAGAAGAGACUCAACCACUACCUUCAGCAGCACAAGAAGUCUGGCUAAACUUUUGCAAGAACGAGGCAUCUCCGCCAAGGUUUACGCUAGCCCCAUAUUAGAAAAACUGCCUCUGCUUCAGCCCCCUCGAACUCUCCCCAUUCCUUCUACUCCACCAAAUUCUCCCUCGCGCUCACCUUGUCCUUCCCCUCCACUGUUUGAGCCUCGGGUGCAUCACUCAGAAAAUUUCCUGGCUUCUCGACCAGCAGAAACAUUCUUGCAAGAAAUGUAUGGCCUGAAGCCCUCCCGUAAUGCUCCAGAUGUAGGCCAGCAGAAGAUGAACCUGGUAGACAGGCUGAAGAGGCUGGGUAUUGCCAGGGUGAUCAAGCCCCCUGAAACACAGGACUGCAGGAAUGAUCAGGAGCCAGAGGUUAGCUUGCGGAGACAGGACUCAGCUGUGUUUUUAAAUGCAGGUACCAACUUAAUGGCAGGGCUGAGAAGAAACCAGAGUCUUCCAGCCAUGAUUGGAGCAUUAGGAGCUCCAGUUUGCACACAGUCAUCAAAAAUGGAUAUCCUAAAGGAGGACUGACUGGUCUGAAAAAUUACUGACUUCUAGCAUAGUAAAUAAUAUAUGAGGGAAAAACAUCCAGUACAGGCAUCAUUAGAUGUGUUACAGUAGAGUUGGGGAAGGCACGUGCAUGUGAAAGAUGUGGGAGAGAGAAGUGUUUGGAUUGAGGGCUAAAAGAACAUUGUUUAGUUUUGAGGAAGAAGGCUUUUGUGGAAAAUAAGGAAGAAGAAACCAAAGCUUAGUUUUGAGGCCACCUUCAGCAUCUGUCUUAGCUUAAGCAAAUAUAAAGACUACUGUAGACAUUCUCAGUGUUUUAACCUUUUAAACGGUAUAUGUAAGACCUGUCUUACAGGUGCUGUGAUAUUUUUUUUUGUUUCCCCAUCAUAUGGCCAUAGUAUUUUAUUAGUUAGCAGUCAGGCUGUAUCAUUUAAAUGUAACUUUAAGAUAGCAGUCAGUCUGACCAGCAUUAUCGGUCCAAGUUCCUCUCUGUAGAAAACAAAUAUGAAAACUUGGAUUUUAUUUCUUUUAUUGUCUUUUCCAUUUCAGAAGCUGUACUCUUUUAAACUCCUCUCCACUUGGAGAAGCCAGGAGAGAACCUAUAGCUCUGUGUAAGAUACUUCUGUUUACAAACACAGAAACUGGUGGUCAGGAUUUACAUUUUGAAAGAGUGAAAUUGUACUAGUGAGGUAUUAACAGAAGUUGAUUUCUUUCCAGAGCACACAGAGGAAGGUGCAAUGAAUAAGGAUUAAGAAAUAAGAAAGUAUGUAUUAAGAGUGAAUCAUUCAAGCUAAGAGAUCUUUCCAAAGUGUGCUGUGCAUCUUUUUAAAUGGGGGCAUUUUUGCGUGCACACAAAAAAUUCUCAGGCACAUUUCGGUGUUGCAAAAGGAUAUAAAACCUUGGUGCUUGAUUCAGGGCUUCUUUUAUUUUACAUAAGCAGAGAGCAUUUACUGUAAGACAAGUGUUGGAAAUUCAGUAUCCUGACUCUUCUCUUGACAGGUAGACAUUAUGUGUAUUUGCGAGUUCUGCAGUAAACUUCAUGCCUUUUUUGAUCACUUAUUUCUGAUUUUAGGCAGAAUUUUGUUUAAAAUACUUCAUUCAAAGCAAAAUGUACUAUUUUAUAUUUAGAAACAGGAAGAUGAAGGCUAGCGUUCUUUCUAAUGAACAUCGAUUUUGUCUACACUGAAAUGCUGUGUUUUGAUGAUGGAGAGUGGUUCUGAACCUGUUUCUGAACAAAGAUGAGGCAGACUUUCCAUGUCAAAAAAGAAGUCCAUUUUGGAAAUCUGAUCUCUUGAGUUGUAACCAGCAAACUAUUACUGCCCUGCUGCUUUUUUGAUUCCUUCCUGUCCAAGGUUCUGAAUAAUCUAUAAUAGAUUUAUAGUGUAACUUAAAGUUUCCAUAUGAUUAGGUAAAAUGGUCAAAAUUUACCUCACUUGUUACAGUGUAUGUGGGACAUAGCUGGUACCUGUGUGUGUGGUGUGAAGCAUCAGUAUAAUUACACUGAUCUACAUUUGCUGUAGGCCACAUCCACCAUAACAGGCACCCUUGUUGUUGCAGGGUUGAGUGGAGUAGGGCAGGAAAAGAAAGAUUCUUUACAAAUUUCCUAUAAACCAGGUUAUGUGGCCUUUCUGCUUUCACAGUUCUAUAGAUCUUGUGAUGACUCUUUUGAUACAACAGUCUUUUUUUAAAAGGAAAAGGAGUAACCACCUCAAACUCGCACAGGAAUUCUUAGCAGAAACUUGUCUGUCAGCAGCGCACAGAAAUAUUCAGGAACUCCUGGAGUUGCCUUUUGCUCUCUAAGCAAAAUUUUACUCUUAUAAAAGGUGAAUUUUAUUUAAAGUAUUAUAUACGGGUUAAUUCUGUUUUUUAAAUGAAAUAUAUUUAAUUUCCUCAUGUAAGUAUUUAUGUUUGUAUGUACUUCGCUAUGCAUGGGGUCUUGCCUGGGUAAAUGAGGUAAGAGUGACCGGGGGAGGGAGGCAAUUUUGCUCUCCCAUGAACCAAGACAAGUAUGUCUGUGGUGUGUUUGUAACUCUAGGGAAACAACAGGAAUGAGUUAACAAGAUUAGAUAGGUUGGUAUCAACAGGGAGGUGUAUACUGUGUCAAAAGUAGGUCCGUUUUAUGUGUGUAUAUUAUAGGAAUAUAUGUAAGUUACAGAAAAUAUCUUGAAGGUAUACACUGUGUUUCUAACCAGCUUCGUUAGAUGGCUCCAGCCAUUGGAUCAUUCUGUGUGUUAUCAGCAGAAGUAGCAAACCAGCUAAAUCAGAAUUCCUUUGGCGGACCAGGUUUCAGUUAAAAUUAACCUAAAAGCACAAUUUGAUGCAUGUUUCUCUCUGGGACACUUCCAUAUUCCAUAGCCAAACAAUAUCAACUGGUUCAGUUCAAACAAUACUAUGGAGUUGUUGAGAAGUAUGUUUGUUUGCUGUAGGAUCAUGUAUCAUCAGCUACUUUACACAAGGGAAGAAGAAAAUGGAAGAAUUUGUGUACCACUGUGUUUGUGUGUUUAUCCAGUUGGUUGAUGCUGCAGUGCAGUGCUGUUGAAAUUCUGUCAUGUAUUCAUACCUUUGGAUGGUCACAUGCAUUUUGUACAUAGAGUCAUGGUCUGGGUUGGAAGGGACCUUCCCUUCUAAUCCAACUGCCCUGCAAUGAGCAGGGGGACAUCUUGCCUAGCUUGCAGCAGCAGGGAAAAUUGGUACUUCUUCCAAGUUCACUGCUUUGCACCACAACCUAGAAGAUAAACUUUUUUGAACAACAUGCAUGUUUCUGAGAACAUAGUAAAAGUUGCUGUCAUUCUAGGAACUGAUUGCUUUCUGUUGCCUCCCCUAAGAGAGGACACAAAAUUGCAUGACUAAGAUAGCUGAUAUCCUGCACAAGUGUAAUUUCGUUCAGUGGGAGGUAGAAUUAGAAGGAAUGGAGAACUGCAUUUCGGAAGGGUUCUGUUACCUUGCAGGUCUGAGGCAAAAACAGAUACUAGAAAGGAAGGACUUACUUUUGUGAAAGUUUCAUGAGACAAAAGGAAAUUCUUGUAGUAUUUACCUUUAUUCAGGUUGGCUUAAACCAAGCACAAAUUUAAAUCUUUCUAGUUUCACUAUCUUUGAUAAACUCAGUGAUGCCUGCAUGCUCAGAGUACCUGUGGUCAAAGAUAAAAGUCUACUGGAGUCAAACAGCAGCAGAGAGGGAAGGAGAAUACUGGGUUGGAGCCUCAUUUGGCUGUUACAUGAAGGGAUUACACACAAUGUUUGAACAGCUUGAAAACUUUGUGGUAUUUUUUCCAUCUGCUUUUUGCACUUACUGUUGUUUCAUAGUGGAAUAUAAAUUUGGUAAUAAACAUGUAUAACAUGUCAUUUUUCAGUA